UACCAGUACUGAUGCAUAACUGCAUUUGUCGAGUCUGUCCGAGUCGGCAGCCCCGCACCGGUUUUGUUGUGGCGUUGAUGCAGAUAACUUGAGUUGGUUCAUGCAGCUCGCCGGAUUUUGUGGCGGUCCGGUCUCGGAAACCAACGUCGGGUAGCUCCAUAGUUCUUGUUCUUUGAACUCGUCUUCUCCCCCCCGACAAGAGCUUAGACUAGGCAAACGACCAAGAACUCAGCAUGAAGCUACAUUGUGUGGUCGUCACGCUCGCCAUGAGCCAUGUCGCUGCGGCAGAGUCCACGACGGUGCCGCUCAACAUCACUGCCUUAUCUUCCCGCGCGGGGUAUUCGGUGAUUGAGUGCUGGCAGCUGUCCUCAGUCCCGGCCGCCUACAUGGCUGCCGUUAACUACGCGGUCGGAAACACCACCGUAGCCACAUGGUCGCGGAUCGAACCACGAACCACUGUGGGCGAGGCGUGGGCGCCGCAUAUCCAACUCUCGGUCGUCCUGAACGGCCUCAUCAGGAUCACAGCUCCCGCGCCUGUUGCCGAUGGGCCCGACGCCUCGAUGUGUCUUCAAGAUCAUCCGGGUCGCAAGGAGCGGCCAGACACGAGGGUGUUCUAUGCUAUGCCAGGGACCCUUCGCUCAUCAGUCCUCAUCGCUGCCGACCUCAAGUCGGCCAGCACACUGGCCGGCCACUUCACCGAGUUCCCGAGCGACGAGCCCACAGUCCUCAUACAGAUUCCGUUUGUGGACGACAAGGCACCGGCACAGACCGUUCUUCACGAGGGACCUUGCCUGUAGAGUCUGAUACGCUGAGGGGCGAAGAAGGGGCGCUUAAUCAUAAACGGAGAGGAGACUGUGGAAGUUCAUGCCAUGGUCGUCGGCUCUGGCCCAUACCGCUAGUGGCACAACAAGAGUGCAAUAUAUCAGAACCAAACCAACAAAAUCAACGCCCAACUCCGCCUGCCCCC